AUGUCAGACAACGAAGCCAAAAUAGAAGAAGUCAAAAGUGACGACAAUUUAGACAGAAGAACUUUGUUCGUGAGAUCAAUCCCAGAAGAUGCCACCAACGAAGAACUCUCCGAAUAUUUCUCUCAGUUUGUGCCAGUUAAACAUGCGGUGAUUGUUACCGACGAAGAAAAAAAAUCUAGAGGCUUUGGCUUUGUCUCGUUUCCUAUGGAUGAAGAUACUUUGACUGCAUUGGUGGAGGCGAAGAAGCAAAAAUUCAAGGGUCGUUUCCUUAGAGUCGAUAUUGCCAAGAGAAGAGACAGAAAGAACAAAAAUAAGGAAGAGGGAGCCCCACAAGAAACACGCGCACCAAGGGAGACCGUGGAAAAAAGAAAAGCCCGUCUUAUCAUCAGAAACUUGCCCUGGUCCUGCAAGUCUCCAGACACCUUGAGAAACAUUUUCCAGAAAUACGGUGCAGUUCAUGAUGCCUACAUUCCAGCAAAGAAAGGUGGAUUGAUGAAAGGGUUUGCCUUUGUGACCAUGAAAAAACAUGCUGCUGCAGAAAGAGCAGUGAAAGAAAGCGUGGGAUUAAAGAUCGAUGGAAGAGAAGUGGCUGUGGAUUUGGCAGUGGAAAAAUCCAAGUGGGAGCUGAUCCAAGAAGAGGAACAGAAAAAGCCUGAAUUCAAAUCUACUGGAAGAGAGAGACCUGCUGUGGAAGAAAAGGAAGAAGAGGAGGAAUCCGAAAAUGAAAAGAGCGAAGACGAAGAAGACGAAGAGGACGAGGAAGAGGAAGAAAAUGACUUUGACGAGCUCAAUGACAUGAAGUCCGAUGAUGAAGAGGAAGAAGAGGAAGAAGAUGUCAAACAACACGAGAAGAAAAACACUCAAGAAGCAUUUUCUGUCUUCGUCAGAAACAUACCGUAUGAUGCAGACAAGGACUCGUUGAAAGAACAUUUUUCUCAAUUUGGGCCUGUAAAGUAUGCGUUGCCAAUGGUUGAUAAAAUGACAGGAGUUGCCAGAGGAUCAGCAUUUGUAGCUUUCAAGACAGCAGAAGCAUACAACGAUUGUUUGUCUAAUGCACCAGAGGUGUCGAAUACGUCGAUGUUGAUUUCAGACGACGUUUCUCCUGCCUAUGUGUACCAAGGUCGGAUUUUAUCCAUUGCUGCUACUGUGGAUAGAAAUUCUGCAUCCAAGUUAGCUGAAAGAAACACCGAAAAGAGAAAAGAAGUCUUGGGAAAGGACAAAGGUGACAGAGAUAGAAGAAACUUGUAUUUGUUGAACGAAGGACGUAUCACUGAAAAUUCGAAGUUGGCACAAUUCAUAACGAAGACAGAUAUGGAACUCAGAGAAAAAUCCUACAAGUUGCGUGUCCAGCAGUUGAACAAGAAUGCCACUUUGCAUCUUUCGUUGACUAGAUUGGCCAUUAGAAAUCUUCCUCGUGCUAUGACCGGCAAAGCGCUCAAAGCCUUGGGUCGUAAAGCAGUCGUCCAGUUUGCAACGGAAGUGAAAGAAGGUUCGAGACAGCCAUUGUCUAAAGAAGAAAUCAGUCGUUCAGUGAAACUGAAACAUGAGGCAGAAGGUAUGGUGGGUGACGAUAAGAACGAAAAGGGCGAGAAAGAGAAAAAGAAGAACAAGAAACAAGGUGUUGUCAAACAAGCUAAAGUCGUUAUGGAAGUCAAGGGCAACAGUGAAAUUGGAAGAAGUAGAGGAUAUGGUUUCAUCGAAUUCAGAGAUCACAAGUCUGCAUUGAUGGGUCUUCGGUGGUUGAAUGCACACGAAGUUACGCCGCAAGAAAUUUUGGAGGGCUUAUCAGAAGAAGAGAAGAAGCUUGUUUCGCUUGAUGGUUUGACCAAGAGAAAGUUGAUUGUCGAAUUUGCGAUUGAAAAUGCACAAGUCGUCAAGAGAAGAAAGGAGAAGGAGUUCAUGGCCCGUCAAAACAAGAGAAAGAGAGAAGGCGAUGAUGCAGAGGAAGACGAAGAAGAACAAUCUCAAAGAAAGAACAAGAAAAGAAAAGGUCCCUCGAGGAAAGGAAACAUGAAUAAAGGAGCCAAGAGCAAAGAUGAGAAAGAUUCGAAGGUUAAAACUGGAGAAAAAGAAUCUGACAAGAAAAGUGGACUUUCCGACAAUGUCAAGAACAUUAUUGGCCGGAAGAGAAGAAGCAAGAAGAGAAAUUAG